AAAAAAAAAACCUUUUUGUUUGAGUCCUGUUGAUGAUGUUUAUGUUGUUGAUUUUGGUUCUUGUGGAUAUUGGGAAGACAGAAACAGGCAGUACUAAUGGCAUUGAAACUCCAGAAGAAAGAACUCAUCUUCCUGAUCCUACAAUUUCUGCAUGAGAAGAAAUAUACAGAAACCGUUCACAAGCUCGAAAGAGAGUCUGCAGUUUUCUUCAACAUGCCAUAUUUUGAGGAGAUGAUGCACAUGGGUCAAUUUGAUGAGGCACAACAUUACCUUUUGGCUUUCACCAAUUUGAAAGCCAAUAACUACUCGAGAAAAAUUUUCUUUGAAAUACGGAAGCAGAAGUACCUUGAGGCAUUGGAUAAGCACGAUGACAUGAAGGCUUUAGAAAUCCUCAAGAAGGAUUUGAAAGUUUUUGCAUCAGAUAAUGAAUCGUUGUUCAAAGAGAUGACACAGCUUCUGGCAUUAAAUGAUUUCAGGGAAAUGGCACCACUAUCAACUUACAAGGAUGCAGAAACUGCCCGGAAAUUGUUGACAGUGGAGCUCAAGAAGCUUCUCAGGGCAAAUCCUCUAAUCCGAGAGAAACUCUCUUUCCCUGACCUUGAACCUUCAAGGUUACAGGAACUCCUGAAGAAAAGGCAACCUGAUAGCACUAAUCUGCAAUCCCAAGCACCUGUGAUUGACAAGCCGAUGCAAUCUGCAAAAGAACUCGAAGAUGUCAUUUUUAUGGGGGCAAACAUGCCUCUUGAAGUCGAGCAAAUGCCAGUUCAAACUGCCAUAAAGGGAGCACAGCCUCUUGAUUGUGCAAUGAUGGCAUCUGAAACUCCCUUCUCCAAGGUGAUGUCCGGUCAACAAAAUUUAACUCAUCCAGCAGGUACUGGAGCAGCUAUGAAUCCAAGUUCUUCAAACCCAGCUGCAAGUUCCAGUUGUCCUGGGAAUUCCAAUUACUUGUUGAGGACAAGGCCUGACAAGGCAUUUUCUGAUCCCGGUCUGAGUGGCUCGAAGUCAUCACUCAAUGUAACCAAUGACCUGCCCAAGAUCGUUGGGCAGAUGUUGGAUCUGGGAUCACGACCGACCAGCAUCGACUUCCACCCUUCUAAACACACCCUUCUUAUAGUUGGAACGAGUGCAGGGGAAAUAGAGAUGUGGGAUGUUUGUUCCCAAGAAAAGAUUUUUUCAACAAUUUUUAAAAUUUGGAACAAGGGAGGAGGCUCCCAAAAAAAGGCCCUUUCAAGAAUUUUUAGCUUUCGGAACCAGGGCCAAUGUUCAAAAAGCGAAGGUGAAGUUAGACCUGAACAUCCAUCAGUUAAUCGUGUACUUUGGAGUCCAGAUGGCAGUUUAUUUGGAGUUGCAUAUUCUGAAGACAUUGUGCAAUUAUUUUGUUAUUGCAGUAGAAAUAGCAUUUGGGAGUAUAUGGAGCUUGAGGCUCAUGAUGGUAGUGUAAAUGAUCUUGCCUUUGCAUGCCCCAAUGACCAACACUUUAUUAUUACCUGUGGAGAGGAUGCCACAAUUAAGGUGUGGCAUUUGGUUACUGGGGCCAUACUAUACAUUUUCCAGGGUCAUAAAUCUCCUAUUUGUUGUGUGAUCUCCAGUGCUAACAAUGAUCUUCAACAUAUCUGGUCAACAUCGGUGGAUGGUAAAAUAAAAGAAUGGACCUAUGACAAGGACCUUUCUAUUGCUGAAUAUGAUGCUCCAGGUUGCUGCUGCACAACAAUGUCUUUUGGUGCUGAUGGUGAAAGGCUGAUUUCAUGCGGAACCACUAAAGAUGGAGUGUCUCACCUUGUUGAAUGGCAUGAAAUGGGAAGCAUCAUGAAGAGAACCAUCCAAGGCAUGAAUAAAUGUUCGUUUGGUGUUAUGCAAUUUGACACGGCAAAAAACGGCUUAUUGGUGGCUGGCGACGACUUCUCAUUAAAAUUUUGGGAUUUGAAUGCUGUCGAUCUUGUAACACCUAUUGAUGCCAGUGAAAUGCUACCUGCAAGUCGAUUGAUCCGCUUCAACAAGGAGGGAACAUUAUUGGCUGUAACUGCAAAUGAUAAUAAGAUCAAAAUCUUGGUGUCUGUGAAUGGUUUUCAGUUGCUCCAAACAAAUGAAAGAGUUCCCUGUGUACCUGCUACUGUUCCAAAGGGUGAAGACAAAGGAGCCUUAGGAGCUAAAGAACAAAGAUCACCUGAAAAAGGCCAUGAUGGACCAAUAGUUGGGAGGUUCACUGAACUGAAUGAACCUGAUCAGUUUCGGUGGUUGAGGCUCCCUCCUCAUUCCAUCAUAACAAGCAAGAUCUUGAGGUUGACCUACUAUCAUUCAGGCACCAGCAUUUUGGCAUUAGCAGCAGAUGCCAUCCAUCUGGGUUGGAAAUGGCCAAGCAAGGCAACGACCAGUGUUCAUCCUCGAUUCCUUCGAAAUAAAUUUGGCGAGAUGAUGACAAAUGAUGUAACUGAUUCGAUGCUUGAUGAGGCUCCAGGCUGUUUUGCUGUGACUGCAAGUGAUGGAUACUUAGUGUCCUCUUCUGGUGGCGAAAUCUCCUUGUUCAACAUAAGGAGUUUUGAGAAGAUGGUAACUUUCAUGAAUCCACCACCUGCUGCAACAUCUAUUGCAGUCCAUCCUUGGGAUAACAAUGUAAUAGCAGUUGGCCUGGAUGAUUCCACAAUCCAGAUAUAUAAUGUCCGAACAAGCGAGAUGAUAAAAAAGCUUAGACGCCAUUCGAAAAGAAUCACAGGCCUUGCCUUCUCCUAUGUAUUGGAUGUACUUGUUUCUUCGGGAGCCGAUGCUCAGCUAGUUGUGUGGAACUCGUUAUCGGGUGGAUGGGAAAGGCAGAGAAGCAGAUACUUGUGGAUUCCAAAUGAGGAGAUGAGACAGGCAAACUUGAUGGACACCCGAGUCCAGUUUUCCCAGGAGCAAACCAGCUUCCUUGUCGUGUGCCAACCAAAGCUCGCUAUAUAUGAGGCGAUGACACUAUAUUGUGUUAGAGAGUGGAAUGUUGAUGGAGCUUCGUCCCCAAUCUCUGAUGCGACAUUCUCAUGCGAUGGCCGGUUAGUAUAUGCCAGCUUUCUGGAUGGGGCUGUUUGCAUAUUCAUGGCUCAAGAUCUUCAAAUUCGGUGUCGGAUUAGUCCUAGUGCUUAUCUCCCUCCUGGUGACAGGUCUAGAAUAUACCCGCUUGCGGUUGCUGCACAUCCACAGAAGCCGAACCAGUUUGCGCUAGGUCUGAGUGUUGGUGGGGUCAUGGUCUUUGAGCCAUUGGAGCCUGAAGAGCAAUGGGGCUUGCCUAGACACCAUUGAUGU